UUUGAAUGUUAUCAUGAAACCGCUCACGUUUUUGUAGUUUUUUUAAAGAUAAUUUUUUAAUUAAUAUUUGUGAUGUAAAUUGUCAAAUUAUUAGAUUGAAAUAAGAAUUAGUAUUGGAGAACCAUGUCCGCCCCGAUUGCGGAGAGAAACCAAGAUGCUACAAUCUAUGUUGGCGGUUUGGAUGAAAAGAUAACUGAAGCCAUUCUAUGGGAAUUGUUUGUUCAAGCUGGACCGGUUGUCAAUGUUCAUAUGCCUAAAGAUCGUGUUACCAAUUCUCACCAAGGAUAUGGGUUUGUUGAAUUUAUAUCAGAAGAAGAUGCGGAUUACGCUAUCAAAAUAAUAAAUAUGAUCAAAUUGUAUGGUAAACCUAUACGAGUAAACAAAGCAUCAGCUCAUCAAAAGAAUCUCGAUGUUGGAGCCAAUAUAUUCAUUGGUAAUUUGGAUCCAGAAGUCGAUGAAAAAUUGUUAUUCGAUACUUUUUCUGCUUUUGGUGUUAUACUGCAAACUCCAAAAAUAAUGAGAGACCCUGAAACUGGAAAUUCUAAAGGUUAUGCAUUCAUCAAUUUUGCCAGUUUUGAAGCAUCAGAUGCAGCAAUUGAAGCUAUGAAUGGACAAUAUCUUUGUAAUAGGCCAAUAACUAUAAGUUAUGCUUUCAAAAAAGAUGCCAAAGGAGAAAGACAUGGGUCAGCAGCUGAAAGAUUGCUUGCUGCUAAAAACCCACUGAAUCAAUCUGACAGACCUCAUCAAUUGUUUGCUGAUGCACCACCAACUGCUGCACCUCCAGUAGUAGUUGCACCAACUGCAGCUCCACCAAUUGCUCCACCACCUAUGUUUUACCCUCAAGAGGACAUGGCAAAUAUACUGACAAUGAUGAAUAGAAAUCAACCACCGGCACCAACAGGUUGGAAUCAUGCAGCACCACCUCCACCGCCAAUGUCAGGUCAACUUAAUCCAUUCGGUUUGAUGGUGCCACCUCCACCACCACCUCCUCCUCCACCGCCGCCACAAAUUCCUGGUCAAAUGAAUUCAUUUGGUUUAAUGGUUCCACCUCCACCGCCGCCACCUCCACCUCCUCCACCGCCACCGCCGCCACCACCACCGAUGGCCCAACCACAACAACCUAUAACAAAUUUAACGACCCCGCCACCGCCACCACCUCCACCUCCUCCGCCUCCAUCGACUUGAGGAUGUAUUAAAAUUACUUUUCAAAUAAAUGAUGCUUUUUUUAUUUCGUAAAAA